GUUGCCGUUCGAGAAAAAUAAAUUAGCGUACUGUUUCCUUCUAUUAGUAAACCUUAUCUAGUUUAAACUUGGAUUAAAAAACUAUCUAACAAAAUUUACAAGACUCCUUUUAACCCUCGCUCGUAUAAGAGACCCAUCAUCCUUUAAAACGAUCGUAAUCUUUUGAAAAUAAUAUCAUUGUUAGAUCCUGAAAAGAAAUUCCGACGAGCAAUCAGACGCCGGCGAAAGGCCAAACCCUAGUUUAUGAGUUAAUGGCCUGCGUUUAUAUUCCGGUUCAAAACUCCGAGGAGGAAGUACGAGUCGCUUUGGACCAGCUUCCUCGAGAUGCGACUGAUAUUCUCGACAUUCUCAAAGCCGAACAAGCUCCUCUCGAUCUUUGGCUCAUUAUCGCGAGGGAGUAUUUUAAACAGGGAAAGAUCGAACAGUUCCGCCAAAUUCUGGAAGAAGGAUCCAGCCCUGAGAUUGAUGAGUAUUAUGCAGAUGUUAGAUAUGAAAGAAUCGCCAUCUUAAAUGCACUGGGGGCCUAUUAUAGCUACCUUGGGAAAAUUGAGACAAAACAAAGAGAAAAGGAAGAACAUUUUAUAUUGGCAACUCAAUACUACAACAAAGCUUCUAGAAUUGAUAUGCAUGAGCCUUCUACUUGGAUUGGCAAAGGACAACUUUUACUAGCAAAGGGCGACGUGGAUCAGGCUUUUGCUGCAUUCAAGAUUGUAUUAGAUGGAGACCGAGAUAAUAUUCCUGCUCUUCUUGGUCAGGCUUGUGUUGAGUUCAACCGUGGGAAAUACUCGAGUUCUUUGGAGAUGUACAAGAGGGUCCUGCAAGUGUAUCCUGGAUGUCCUGCAGCUGUACGGCUUGGCAUAGGUCUCUGUCGCUACAAAUUAGGCCAGUUUGAUAGGGCCAAACAAGCAUUUGAGCGCGUGUUGCAGUUAGAUCCAGAAAAUGUCGAGGCACUUGUGGCACUUGGAAUUAUGGAUUUACAAUCCAAUGAAGCUUAUGGUAUUAGGGGGGCAAUGGAAAAGAUGCGAAGAGCCUUUGAUAUCUAUCCGUACUGUGCAACGGCGCUAAAUUAUCUGGCAAAUCAUUUCUUUUUCACUGGUCAACAUUUUCUAGUUGAGCAGUUGACUGAAACGGCUCUUGCUGCAACUACUCAUGGCUCAACAAGGGCACAUUCUUAUUAUAACCUCGCACGGUCAUAUCAUAGCAAGGGUGAUUAUGAAAAAGCUGGACUGUACUACAUGGCAUCUGUAAAGGAAAUCAAUAAGCCACAAGAGUUCAUUUUACCUUUCUACGGUCUCGGACAAGUACAACUAAAAUUGGGGGAUUUUAAGAGCUCUCUAUCAAAUUUCGAGAAAGUCUUGGAAGUUUAUCCUGAGAAUUGCGAGACAUUGAAGGCUGUUGCUCACAUUUAUCUUCAGCUUAACCAGACUACCAAGGCUCAUGAAGCUCUGAAAAAAGCCACCAGAAUUGAUCCGCGAGAUCCUGAGGCCUUUCUCGACCUUGGAGAAUUGUUGAUUGCAACCGACUCUGGAGCUGCUUUGGAUGCAUUUAAAACUGCACGCAACCUUUUAAAAAAGGCAAAUGAAGAAGUAUCAAUCGAGCUUCUCAACAAUAUUGGUGUACUUCAUUUUGAAAGAGGAGAAUUUGAGCUUGCCCUACAAACUUUUAAAGAGGCUCUUGGUGAUGGAAUAUGGCUCAAAUUAAUGGACACUGAACCACAAUCUGACUCUAUUGGUGAUCCUAUUAGAAACACAUUAUAUCAACCGAUUGAUUCCAGUUUAGCUGCCCGAAAAUACAAGGAUAUGCAAUUGUUUCAUAAUCUUGAGAAAGAUGGUAUUUCGGUGGAUCUACCAUGGGAUAAGAUUACAACAUUGUCCAACCUUGCUAGACUGUUUGAGCAGUUGCAUAAAACUGAGACUGCUAGCUUAUUGUACCGUUUGAUCUUGUUUAAGUUUCCGGAGUAUGUAGAUGCUUACUUAAGGCUUGCUGCUAUUGCUAAAUCACGGAAUAAUGUUCCGUUAAGCAUUGAACUGAUCCAUGAUGCACUGCAAGUAGAUGACAAAAAUCCGGAUGCAUUAUGCAUGCUGGGUGAUUUGGAGCUUAAAAAUGAUGACUGGCUCAAGGCGAAAGAUACCUUUCGUGCAGCAAAAGAUGCAUCUAAUGGAAAAGAUUCUUAUGCUACUCUUUGUUUGGGGAACUGGAACUACUUUGCAGCAGUCAGAUCUGAGAAAAGAGCUCCUAAGUUGGAAGCAACGCAUCUGGAAAAAGCAAAGGAAUUAUACACAAAGGUUUUGAUAGAGCAUCCAGCUAAUAUGUAUGCUGCCAAUGGUGCUGGUGUGGUGUUAGCUGAAAAAGGUCAAUUUGAUAUUGCAAAAGAGCUUUUUACACAGGUUCAAGAAGCUGCAAGUGGAAGUGUAUUUGUCCAGAUGCCAGAUGUGUGGAUAAAUUUGGCACAUGUUCAUUUCGCUCAAGGCAAUUUUUCAUUGGCCAUUAAAAUGUAUCAAAAUUGCUUGCGCAAGUUUUAUUACAACACAGACAGUCAAAUUCUUCUGUAUCUAGCACGUACGCAUUAUGAAGCGGAACAGUGGCAAGACUGUAAAAAGACUUUAUUGAAAGCCAUUCAUCUAGCACCAUCAAAUUACACAUUAAGAUUCGACACUGGUGUCGCUCUGCAGAAAUUCUCAGCAUCAACAUUGCAAAAAACAAAACGAACUGUUGAUGAGGUGCGUGCAACGGUUGCCGAGCUUAAGAACGCUGUUCGUGUAUUUAGUUUAUUAUCAGCAGCUUCAAAUCUACAGUUCCAUGGAUUUGAUGAAAAGAAAAUUGAAACUCAUGUUGGAUAUUGCAAGCAUUUGCUUGAGGCUGCAAAAGUUCACUGUGAUGCUGCUGAGCUGGAAGAUCAACAAAAUAGACAUAGACUAGAGCUUGCUCGCCAAGCGGCGAUACGUGAGGAAGAGAGUCGAUUGGCUGAAGAACAGAAGAAAGUCAAGUUAGAAAAACGUAAACAAGAGGAUGAGCUGAAGAAGGUGAUGCAACAGGAACAACAUCUGGAGCGUAUUAAGGAACAUUGGAAGAGUAGUGGGUCAAAGCGGAAAGAUAGGGGUCAAAGCGGGGACGAGGAGGGUGGACAAGGUGAGAGAAGGAGAAGAAAAGGUAGCAGCAAAAAGAGGAAGAGAGACAAGAAAACAGAAACUCACAUGGAUGAUCAAGAUGAGUAUGAUGACGAUAACGCCAACACAAAUUAUUAUGAACCAGAGAAUCAAGUCAAUAACCAGGUCAAUAAUGAUGAGGAUGACCCACAGGAUCUCCUUGCAGCUGCUGGCCUUGAAGAUUCUGAUGCAGAUGACGACCCCGGUGCACCUUCUGCCGGUAGAAGAAUACGAGGGUGGUCAGAAUCUGAAGAGGACGAGCCAGAAAAGAGGCCACCUAACUCUAGUCCCGUUAGAGACAACUCAGUGGAUAUGCAACUAAGUGAUGGAGAUUAGUUUCUUGUUUACUUGUAACACAUUGUAUUUGUGCAACUGUUAGCAGGUAGUAGUUAUAAACGGCUAAUUUAAGUGUGAAGUUCAUGUUAGAUAUCUUCUUAUUCCCCUUUACUUGUGUACCAUGAUUUCAACAUCUUGGAUAUUAUUAUUUACUAUGAAUUUCUUAUCUCGACAGACGUCCUAAA